AUGUCUGGUAGCAUAUCUGGAGUGCAGGCAAGAUGUAAACAAGAAAAUAAUAAUAUAUUUUAUAUCCAUUGUUAUGCUCAUUGUUUAAAUUUAGCAUUGAUUGAUAGCAUUUGUGAAAAAUCUAAUACUAAAUCAGGCUUAAAAAAUAGUUCUCUUAUUUUUGACUUCCUCGGAACAGUUCAGUUUGUUUAUACUUUUUUAGAAAACAGUGCUAUUAGGCAUGCUGUAUUGGAAAACAUAGCAAAAGAGUCUGGCCAGCGGUUUUUAACUUUAAAAUCACUUUCAACUACCCGGUGGGCAUGCAGGGCUGAAGCUGUUUCUUCUAUUAAAAAAAAUUAUAAUAUUAUAUUGUCAGCUCUACAUAACAUUUGUGAUGACUGUACUAUACCAGAAAUUCGAGCAAAAGGUAAUGGUCUUUUUAAACAGUUGCAAACAUUUGAAUUUAUUUUCAGUUUAUGCAUGAUGGAACCUAUUUUGCAAAUGAUCUUAAUAGCAAGCAAGUCGUUACAGUCUUCAAAUUUGGAUUUGUUAACUGCUGUUCAACUGAUCAACUCAUUGAAAAAAUCUCUGAUUUCAAUGAGGAAUAGUGAACAGUAUGAUGAAACGUUUAAUAAAUGCCUGAAAAUAUAUAUAUUGAUAAAUGGAUUACAUUCAAGGUUCACUCAGGAAAGUCUUGAUAUGAUAAAUGCUGUAGGCAAUAUGAUAAGUUUAGAAAUACAUCAAACCAAUCUCUAUGAAGUACUACAAACAAUAUUCUUAAUCUCUCAUGAAGGACUUGUUGCUGAAUUAAGGAUUUUAAAAAGCGUUCCAAAUGGCUCAUCAACAAAAGCCGUUUACAAUUGGCUAGACUUUUUAAAAGAAAAUCAAAGACAAAAUGUAUUUCCAAAUUUUAAAAAGGUUUAA